AUGUAUUCUAGUCGAACCUCUAAACGAUUAGUGACCAUUGAUAGUACAGGUCAACUUCAAUUUCUAUAUAUUACUGAUGAAAAGUUUUGUAACGUCUCUUCACGUAUUUGUGUCAUUUGUGUAAAUUGUAAGAAGGAUGAGAUUCAAACAUUUGAAGAACAUUUCAACGAAUUAAAAACGCAACUUGGACCAAAUUAUUUAAUUGUAUAUCCGGAUAAGUAUGCUAUCAGAAAUAUCGAUGAAUUAUUAGAUACUAUAAAACGUAAUUCGGUUUAUUACAUGAUCGUUAGAGGUACAGCUGACGAAUGUUUCGAUUCAGAUAAUAUAUCAUAA